AUGGCUCCCAAAAAGAAGGCAAACAAGGUGGCCAAGGAGAAGAAAAGUGUCAAGGAACCCGUUGUGCCCAUGGAGAUGGCUUUAGCCGAGGAGUUACGGGAGUUCUACCACAUCCAGAUCCGAGACCUGGAGGACAGGCUGGCCCGGUACCAGCACAAGUGGGACGAGCUGGCCGUGCAGGAGAAGCUAUUCCGCCAGGAGUAUGAGCAGCUGGCCAACAAUAAAAAGGAGAUUGUGGCCUUCCUCAAGCGCACGCUCAACCAGCGGAUGGAUGAGAUCGCUGACCUCAAUGAGCAGCUCCAGAGCCUGCAGCUGGCCAAGGAGAUGGAGAAGGAUGCCUUUGAAGCCCAGCUAGCCCAGGUGCGCCAUGAGUUCCAGGAGACCAAGGAUCAGCUCACCACGGAGAACAUCAUCAUUGGGGGGAAGCUGGCAGCCCUGGAGGAGUUCCGGCAGCAGAAAGAGGAACUCUCAGAAAAGUUCUCAUUGCUGGAGGACCAGCUGCAGAAGCAGGAUAAAGAAUACAAGGACUACAUGUACAACCUGGAGAAGAAGUCGGUGCUGGACAGGGACAGAGUGAAGAAGGAGAUCAUUCAGCGUGUGAACCAGGUGGCCACGGACUUCCACAAGGUGGCCACUAGCCAGAUGUGGGACACAACGAAGCAGGCCAUCCUGGAGAACAACACUAUUACCCUGCAGCUGUCCAGGGUCUCCCAGCAUGGCAUCCAGCUGCUGCGGGAGAACGACCAGCUCAAGUGCAACCAAGACAAGCUGUACAAAGAGCUGGAGAUGCUGCGGAACACCAGGCAGGCCAUGGCCAAGCACAGCAAAAACAACCAGAAGAUCAUCCUCAUGCUGACUGAGAAGUACCACGAGCAGCAGCAGGACAAAGCAGAGGCUGAGCACCAGCGUUUCAUGCUGGGCGAACUGGAGCGGAAAGUCCAGCACCUGCAGAAGGACAAGGAGGCACUGAGGAGCCAGAAAAACCAGCUGAGCCAGCAGCUGGAGCACCAGCACGCUGAGGUGCAGCGGCUGCAGCAUGAGCUGGCCAAAGAGCAGAAGGUGCGGGCAAGCCUGGGGACGGCCCUGACCCAGGCCACCAACUUCCUACAGAGUGUUAUGAAGCAUCUGCAACCAGAAGAGGAGGACGGCAACUCCGAAAUAGUGUACCAGCUUCACUGCAAGGAGAUUCUGCGGCAGCUGCUGUCCAUGCUCAGCCCCACCAUGGUCCUGAGUGCCCACCACCGUCAUGGCCAAAAGGAGAGCCAGAGCAGCACUCCGCCACGCAGGAAUGGGUCAAUGCUCCAACAGCUGUCUGACUUCCCAAGCUACCAGCUGAUAGACAUGGGCCUGAUGUCUCGUACGGUCCACCUCUCACCCAACCCCGAAGACCUCAGGGUGCUGUCACACGUCACUCGUAUGAGAUCAUUCCAAACAUUCGGCAGCACUGAGUUCCAACCCUCCGAGUCUUCAAAAAAGAUGAAAAAGCUCAGUCUUCCUGAAGUUUCCCUACUUUCCAAGUAAGACACAGAGAGAAGACCAACCCUCAUCCC